AUGCGAGCUCCGUCGUACAACCACCACGUCACGGCGUUUCUCCUCGUCCUCCUUCUUCUACCGCUCUUCCAUGGCCAUGGGGUCGGAGGAGACUGGAGCGGCGACUAUUCCAAGCUCUCGGGAAUCAUAAUCCCUGGCUUGGCCUCCACGCAGCUUCGCGCUUGGUCGAUCCUCGACUGCCCUUACUCUCCUCUCGAUUUCAACCCUCUCGAUUUGGUCUGGCUCGACACCACCAAACUUCUCUCUGCUGUGAACUGUUGGCUCAAAUGCAUGCUUCUGGACCCGUACAACCAAACAGAUCACCCUGAGUGCAAGUCACGGCCCGAUAGCGGUCUUUCGGCGAUCACGGAACUCGAUCCUGGCUACAUUACUGGUCCUCUCUCUUCGGUAUGGAAAGAAUGGGUGAAAUGGUGUAUCGAAUUCGGUAUUGAGGCGAAUGCUAUCAUUGCUGUGCCGUAUGACUGGAGGCUGUCACCGUCUAUGCUUGAGGAGCGAGACCUUUACUUUCACAAGCUAAAAUUGACAUUUGAAACGGCACUAAAACUUCGCGGAGGCCCCUCAGUAGUGUUUGCCCAUUCACUGGGUAAUCAUGUCUUCCGCUACUUUCUGGAGUGGUUGAAGCAGGAAAUUGCACCGAAACAUUAUAUCCAAUGGCUGGAUGAACACAUUCAUGCCUAUUUUGCCGUUGGAGCUCCACUUCUUGGUGCAAUCGAGACAGUCAAAGGAACACUUUCUGGAUUAACAUUUGGCCUUCCUAUUUCUGAGGGGACAGCUCGGUUGAUGGUCAAUUCAUUUGCAUCUUCGUUAUGGAUGAUGCCAUUUUCAAAGUACUGUAGGGCAGAGAAUACAUACUGGAAACAUUUCUCUGGGGGAAACAUGGACAAGAGGGGUCAUAACAUGUAUCACUGUGAUGAGCGGGAAUUUCAGUUAAACUUUUCUGGAUGGCCAACAAAUAUUAUCAAUAUUGAAAUUCCUUCAAUCCGCGGAUUUGGAGCCUAUCCAUCAGUUACUGAAAUAGCUGAGGCUAACUUGUCUAGCAUAGAAUGUGGACUCCCUACCCAAUUGUCUUUCUCUGCUCGCGAAAUAUCAGAUGGGACCUUUUUCAAAGCAAUAGAGGAUUAUGACCCGGACAUCAAGAGGAUUUUGCACCAAUUAAAGACGUUAUAUCAUGAUGAUCCAGUUUUAAAUCCACUUUCACCAUGGGACAGGCCGCCUCUGAAAAAUAUCUUUUGUAUCUAUGGAACAGACUUGAAAACUGAGGUUGGUUACUAUUUUGCACCGAGUGGCAAGCCCUACCCUGAUAUUGGAUCAUUACCGAUGUCAGGAAAUCUUGUUGAAGGAAAUCCAGGAGCUUCAAGUGGGGAUGAGACUGUACCGUACCAUUCUCUUUCUUGGUGCAAGAACUGGCUUGGACCAAAAGUCAACAUAACUAGGGCUCCUCAGUCAGAGCAUGAUGGUUCUGAUGUACAAGUGGAAUUGAAUGUGGAACAUCAUCAUGAAGAAGAUAUUUUGCCCAACAUGACAAGGUUGCCAAGGGUCAAGUACAUAACUUACUAUGAAGAUUCUGAAAGUAUACCAGGAAAAAGGACAGCAGUCUGGGAGAUAGAUAAAGCGAAUCAUAGGAACAUUGUUAGAUCCCCAGUUCUAAUGAGAGAGUUGUGGCUUCAAAUGUGGCAUGAUAUCCAUCCUGAUGCAACAUCAAAAUUUGUUACUAAAGCCAAGCGUGGACCUCUGAGGGAUGAGGACUGUUAUUGGGAUUAUGGAAAAGCUCGAUGUGCAUGGGCUGAAUACUGUGAAUACAGAUACCUUUUCGGAGAUGUUCAUUUAGGACAGAGCUGUAGGUUGAAGAAUUCUUCAGCAAAUCUUCUUUCGCAUUAUUUGUAG